AUGAAGAGCAAACCGGUGAAACAUAAAACUAUAAACACAUUCCGUUUUGUACCGUUUGCGGAACGAAUAAAUUCAAUUGAUAUCCGACAUGCUGCUCUGUAUCACAUUGAACACAGCAAUUCACAACAACCUGGGGAGAAUGAUACGCAUUUCCAUUUGGCCAUACAAAAGUGGCACGCACUCAACUUGACAGAAAAUUUUAAAAAGUUUAAAAAGGAAGUUUUUGGUAUAAUCACAGUACCACAAUUAAUUCACAGAAAAGAUGAUGUUUUGGAUCUUCUGGAGAAAUAUUUAAAUUUAGAAGAUCCAUUGUGCCUUCAGCCAUUAUUAGAAAUUCUAGUGUCGGUUGCAAAAGAUUUAAGAAAUGAUUUCUAUCCACAUUUCCCAAAGUUCCUUGAUAUUCUCAUCAAAUUACUUAAUACUAAAGAUGCUGAAAAACUAGAAUGGGCACUUAUUUGUUUGGCUUUUUUGUUUAAAAUAUUAAAACCAUAUUUAAAGAAAGAUACUGGUGCUGUUGUAAGUAGGAUUGUCCCUCUUCUCAGUGAAAAUAAACCACAAUACAUCAACAAUUUUGCAGCAGAAAGUUUUGCAUUUGUUGCAAGAGAUAUAAGGGAUAAGAACAAGUUUAUUGAAACAUUACUUAAGUAUUUAAAGAAUAAUGAAGAUGCAGUUGCAGGUUGUGGUCACCUUCUAUUUGAAAUAAUUAGAGGAGUCGGAAAUAAAUUUCACAAUUGUAUUGACACAUAUUUACCCUUAUUAUUACAACAGUUGAAAGAAAAUAUAGAUUAUCAAAAUACUUUAUUCAAAGUACUUACUCAAACAGUGGAAGACAGUUUACAAGUAAUAUCACACAAGGAGUUUAAUUUUUUUUGGGAUAAUGUACUGAAAUAUACAGAGGAAAUAUCAAAGGAUGAUGGAAAUAAAGGAUUAGAAUAUAUACUAAGAUUAUCUGGACAAGUUAUUGAACAUUGCAGUGGGAAGUAUCUACUAAAUCCACAGCAGUACACACUUAUGUUAGUUAAAGUUAUUUGUGAACAAUCAUCUGAAUCAGUUCUUGAUGUUUGUGCUUCUAUAGGAGCUUUAUUACUGCUAUCUUCAAAUAUAACAUUAUCACAGGAACAUGCAGGCAUUCUUGUUAAAGUAUUACUUCCUUUACCAUUUCCAAACAUUUUAAUAAAUUUUGUGCAAAAUGUUACUACUUACUCCCAAUUUGAUAUGCACAUUUUACCACAUUACCUAAACUUUGUCAUCCAAUCAGACUUUGAUCUUGAAGCAAUGUCAACCUUAUCUAAAAUAUGUUUAACAAAGUCGCCAUUAUCCAAGAAUGGACUUAAACUUUUUGAAUGGGUGAAAUACCCACUAGACUUUGGAAAAGGCCUGCCAAUUGUUAUGGAACACUUUAGGAAAGUUGUGAAGGAAGAUUUGCAGAAUACAGUUGAGAAUCCAACUAAACUAAUGAAUGUCCUUUUCUGUUUACCACACAUAGAAAAAUUAGAUGUUGAUGAAUGCAUUAAAAUGCUAAGUGAGCUAAUAUCUAAGCUCUUAAAUACUUUAUCCCAGUACAACUUAGAACAUAAACAUGAAAUGAAAUUGCACUGUGAUACUUCUGCUUUAUCUAUAUGUGGUAGAAAAGUCAUGUUCAUAUUAGCAGCCACAUUGGAAUGUGCGAUUCAUAUAUCUGGUUGUAAAAGAAUAAACAAUAUAUGUGAUAUUGAGUCUUUAUUGCCGAUUAUAGUACCAUGUGCAGCAGAUCCAAACUAUCUUGUUGCAUUGCAUAUACUAGAUUUAUACUUAACAGCAUAUGACUAUGAAAACAAAUUGACUUGUACUUUUAUGUCUUUGGUUGAUUCGUAUUUGAGAAGCAAUGUGUCUUCUCCAUUUCAUAUUGUAAGAUUGCUGACCACGCACAUCUACAAGUUAUUUGAAAAUAUAGAAGAAUUGAACAAGACUGCACAAGUCGGUUCAGAAACUGAAAAGUUUUCUAUAUUUACAAAAUGUCACACAGUUGAGUCUAUAAAACCUUCAAUACAGGAAUAUAGAACUCAGAUUGCCACAUUACAAAAAAUGGCUUUUAAUACUACCCAAUAUGAACUUGCGAAAGGUACUGAUUUCCAUUUAUUUUCUUUAAAUUACAUGUUGGGUAUAUUAUACAUGAAUUUCAAAUUACUUUGGGAACCAGUAGUCGAAUUCAUAGCAGGGUUUGGAAAUGCUCUGAACAUUGAUGAAUUUUGGCCUGUUUUUUAUGAGGCCUUAGAAAAUUCUUUUGUGAAUGCUAAAUACAAUUUCAAAGUAUUUAAGUAUGAUGACGAGAUUGAUGGUAUGAAUGAAAUCUUAAAAGAUUUAUUUGCUGAAUACAAUAAUAUUGAUGAAAGACCCGAUUUCAGUAACUAUAGAAAUUUAAUGUUGAAGAUUAUGAACAAUAGUAUUCAUGUCUGUGAGGCACGCAAUAGGGAUGUGGUGACACUUUUCCUCAAAUUUAUUGAGGAAGAAUAUCGACGUAACAGUAAUGUUUUAAAAAUCGACGUCGAAAAACAUGAUACAACUCCAGUAACGGAAACCGAUAAUCAAGAUAUGGAAAUUGAUGUUAUUAAUCCUGACCAGAAUGCAGAUCUUGAUAUUCAAGAUGAUAGUGAACAAGACCCUGUUUCUGGCAAAAUAAUAUUUAAAACACUUAUUAAUAUCAUGCAAGUAUUGUCCCAGUUUAAAAACCCAAGAGCUCUCUAUAAGGAACCAGUGUUUUGGGAACUGUAUAUGGAAUUUUUAAAACAUAAAAAUUCCGGAUUACAAAAGUAUGCACUAGACUGUGUUUUAAAUUAUAAAAAUAAAAGUGUAGUUGCAUAUAAAACAAAUCUGCACAAUUUAGUUGAUGAAAAGAAAUUUAAGGACGAGCUGGCACAGUUUAAAAUUACGAAAGAUUCUGAAUCUAUUCAUGCAGAAGACAGAGAACAUGUAGUACCUAUAAUACUUAGAAUAUUGUAUGGAAAAAUGACCUCCAAACUAGGAGCAGACAAGAAAGGGGGUGGUCAAACCAGAAGAUCUUUAGUUAUGAGAUAUUUAAGCGGUUGUAAUGAAUCUGAACUAACAAUGUUUAUAGAAAUGGCGUUCACUUAUUUUAAAGAUUACAUGUGUAUGCAGCCUAAAGAAAUCAUGGUUACAUUUUCGGAUAAAAUUGAUCUUAAAUCUGUGACUAGUCCUGGAAAAAUUCACAGUAUUUUGAAUCUGUUUGACGUUGUAAGAGAAUACUUUGGAGGGAGCAUGAAUGAUAAUUUACUUUCUCAUCUUUUUAAAGUAUUUUAUGCGGCGUGUUCGCAUUUAGCUGCCAUCCUGGCACGAGUUGACAAGGUACAUGUCAGCUAUGUGAAAGUCAUGAAACAUCUUAGAGUGAUUGCUUUGUCUAUACUAGGAAAACUUUUUGAGCAAUUUGAUAGAUAUCCUUGGAGUAAAGAUGAGUUGUACGUUAUAUUUCAUGCCCUGAUCUGGCCUUUAUUGCCUCGUCUUCAUAUUGAAGGUAUUCACAAUCCAACAGCUUUACUAAAGCUAUUCAAUACAUGGUGUCUGAAUCCCCGGUAUUAUGUUUUACUUAUCACCUGCCCCGAAAAUAAUAAAGAACUGAGUACUUUACCUGAAAUGUUCAAGCUUUUACUGGCUCCAAAGAGCACUCCUGUCGUAGUUAACGCAAUUUUGGAUAUGGUUGAAAAAUUAUUAACUUUAACAGAAGACGAAGAAGAAAAAGAAAUACCACCCAUAGAAUCAUUCAACACAUUGGAAGUCAAAUGUGAAAUGGAUUUAAAUUUUGGAAGUAAAAUAUUAAUACCACAUUUAUCUGGCAUUCUGGAAGUGAUGAAGAGGCGUGUAGCCAAUUCUGCUAAAUCGAACACAGUAAAUAAAAGGGACUUGCUGAUCUUGUCACGUGUUACAGAAAUGGUCACAACACCCGAAAUGUGUGACGAUUUGUUGAAUUUACUUUUGCCCAUACUAGUAAAGAAAGUUUGUAUGAAUAUGGCUGAAGAAAAUAUGGAGCACGCUGUGACUACUAUUAUUAAUCUUUUAGGUCACAGCACAAAUCCUCAGCAGUAUAUUAAAAGUAUAGGUGUUCUGUUUAAUAAAGUUAGUUUAGUUGAAGUUCGGAAGCUCCUAAUCAAAUUGCUCUUCUCAAUGUCAGAGAAUUCAACAGCCAACAAAGAAACUUUGACAAAAAUAGCUGACGUUAUACGUGAAAUGAAUGCUUUCAAUAAGAGAUGGAUUGACCAACCUGAUUUCGACAGAAGAUUAGAUGCUUAUAAGAAAAUAUAUCAAAUGUUGGACGCUAAUGAGAUUGAUAUUGACCUCGCGAUUCUGAUUGUUAACAACUGUUUUUAUUCUAUACGGACAGAAAAAGAUAUAGGAUUACGUGAUAGUGCCGGUCUAUGUUUAAAAAGAAUACUUCCUAAAUUACUCAUGAAAUACAGAUCCACAUCUGAAGGUCAAUUUUUCGUUCGAGAUACGGUUUUAUCUUUGAUAUCAACUGGAAUUCGGGAUAAGAAGAACGAUGUAUUACGUAAUGAAAGUUUGACAAUACUCGGAGAAUUAACACGAGAAUGUCCCGAUGCUGACGUAGUUCUCUCCGACUUAGCACCGUUAGCAAACAAAGAAGACAUUGAGGUGGACUUCUUUGAGAAUAGCUGUCAUCUACAGCUACAUAGACGCGUGAGAGCGUUGCUCAAGUUUUGUAAAGUCGCCAGAAAGAUGAUUAAAUGCCCUACUCCUAGGACCCUAACUAACUUUAUACUACCAUUAGCAUCUAUGUAUAUUUGUGACGAUACAUAUUCAGAUAAAAACACACUUAUUGAUGCUUGCAUAGAAGUGAUAUCUACAUGUUGCAAAUUGUUACCCUGGUACCACUAUGAAGUUAUUCUCAAACUUUAUUUGAAUAAAAUGAGAUUUUCGACGGAACAUCAGAAGCAAUUAACGCGAAUACUUACAGGGGUUUUAGAUGCUUUUCAUUUUGAUUUUUCGAAAGUGAAAAAUAUCGUACUACCAAAAUCGUUAAUGGAUGGUAUAAAAAUUGACAAAAAUGUUAAGAAAAAAGAAGAAAUUAAAGUAAAUCCAGAAGUUUUAGAGGUUGAAAAUAUAAGUAAAGAUAUAAACACAGAAGGUAAUGAAGAGGAUGUCCAAAGUGAAAACGGCGGUGAAGAAGAAGAUCAUGAGGAUAAUGAGCCGGAGGCUGUAGCAGAAGCUAAAGAAUCUAAUAUUCCAGCUUUUGAGAGAGUGACAAAUGUAUCACCUUCCGUAGCUAGUAGAAUCAUUAAGUCAUUAUCAGCUGGAUUACUACCCCAACUUAAUCGAGCAAUUGGCAAGCUAACAGAACACGAAGAGUCGCAUAAAGUGAAUCGUCGUCGAACGGGCUUAGCGAGACAAGAGGAAGACAUGUUACGCGUACCUGUUGCGCUGGCACUUGUUAAGUUACUGCAGCGAUUGCCUGGGGAUAUGCUUAAACAUCAAUUACCUGGAAUUAUAAUUAAACUAUGCUCAUUCCUAAAAUCGCCCCUCAAGCAAGUGAGAAUCGCUGCUCGAGACAUUGUAAAAAAAAUUAUGAUAACCAUUGGGCCAAAGUACCUCGGUGUAUUACUUGAACAUUUGACUCUUCUACUGACGAGAGGUUUCCAAGUUCAUGUAUUAGUCGCAACAAUCCACACAGUUCUUGAUGCACUCAAAGCUGAUUUCAAAUCUGGUGACAUCAACGAAAACCUGAAGUAUAUCCUCGAUGUCUGCAUAAACGAUAUAUUCGGACAGCUCUCCGAAGAAAAGGAAAUCGAUAAACUGCAUUACAAAACACCUGAAGCUAAACCGAGCAAAAAGAGUUACGUGACCCUCAUGAUUGUGUCCCAAAAUAUCACCCAAGAGUGUCUGAUAAAACUCCUACUGCCGUUUAAGGAGGUUCUUCAAAAACACUACUCAAAGAAAGUAGUUCUCAAGGUCCAAGACGCUCUAAUGCAUAUUAGCAGCGGAUUGGUGACGAACAAAUUCAUUGAUAUCGAAUCACUUUUCGUAUUCCUUCACGGCAUCGCAUCAGAAAGUAUACCAGAAUUCGUAUUAACCGCUCCCAAAAGAGUGCUGACUGAGGCUCAGAAAGAAAGGAUCCUAAGAGCUAAACCGGACUGUUUUAUAAUACCAGAAAUUCCGAAAAGGAAUAAGGAGUCUCAAGCGCGGCACGUCAAAACGUCAACGAAGACGAACGCACACGUUCUCGUCGAAUUCAGUUUGAAUAUCCUAUACAUCAUUUUAAAGCGAGAAAAGGUGCCAAGGGUGGAUUGUAAGGCAUUCGUAGAUCCCCUAAUACCCCUGCUGGUAGAUGCCAUUCAGAGUGACCACGUGAAAGUAAUAACUGUGGCUCUUAAAUGUAUUGCGACCUUAUGGACUAUAAGAAUGAGUACGCCAACUUUGGAAGAUAUGGUGCAAACUGUAGUCAAAACGAUCUUUUCAAUUCUUCACAAAUAUGCAACAUUUGAGAUCAGCAAACAGAAUGAUAAUUAUCAUCUGGUUAGGACUGCGUUUAAGGCCGUAACCGUGCUCGUACGUAACGUAAAAUACUACACAUUAGAAGCUGACCAACUUAGAAUAUUGUUAUUAUACGCUGAAGGUGACUGUCAAAAUGAUGAGAGGCAGGCGAACUCAUUUUCACUACUAAAAGCAAUUUUGGAAGCGAAAUUAGUUUCGACAGAAUUGCAUGAAGUAAUGAAGGCAGUGUCGAAGAUAUGUAUUUUGAGCGAAUCUGCAAGAUCAAGAGAUGACGCUAGAGGAAUAUUUGUGACGUAUUUAACAAAUUACUCGCCUGGGAAACGAAUGGAGAAAUAUAUUCAGUUUUUCUUGAGCCAACUCAAUUAUGAAUUGCAACACGGUAGAGAGUCAUCUUUGAAGUUUUUGGAAAUGAUUAUUAAUAAGCUAGAUCGGGUAUUUCUUACAAAGAAUAGUGAAUUUAUAAUGGUAUCAUUAGGAGCUUGUAUGAUGAACGAUAGCUCGCCAGAUUGUCGGCAAAUGGCGGCGAAUUGUAUUGAGACUUUGUUAAAACGUGCCUCGUCUACGGAGAGGAAUAAGCUGUUCCAACUAGUAUUGCAGUUAUUUGAGGAUACACAGCCUAUACACUUCGAACUGGCCGCUCAACUUUGCAUACGUUUUGUGAACGUUGAGGGCGAAAACUUCAAAACACGUAUCGAGACAGUUCUUUCAAUACUUAGUGGGAAAAUUCUUCUCCUCAGCAAUGAUAUAACUGAGGGGCGCUUUGUAAAAGUCCGAUUGGACGACAACGGAAAAUCGGACGAGGACAAACAGAAAGAGAAAGACCACAGUCUCAUACAAAUACUUAAUUUAAUUGACUCCAUAUCGAUGAAUUGUCCCUCCAGUUUGGGAGAUCCAAAAUUUGUAUCCGAAUACGAUGAUAUAGGCCAAUAUUCACAAGUAUUACUCGCGUAUCCUCACGCUUGGGUCAGGUUGAGGGCGACGAAAAUUUUAGGCCAUAUUUUGAAUAAUAUAGACGUUGAGAGUUUUAAUGGUAAUAAUGAAAGAGGUUUUAUAUAUUGUGACACGGAGGAUGGUAUAAGAAGCCUUGUGUUGGAUUUGUGUGCGCAGUACACGCCCAAUGUGGGGAAGGAUAUGGCUGAUCAGGUGACAGAAGUAAUGUUCCAAAUACUAAAACUAGUACAUUCAUUACCGAGGUUUAGGCUAGCAAAUAAAAUUCAAACAGACGACUUGGAAAUUGACAAAAUAGCUAAAGUGAAUAUAAGAUGGAUUUUAUUUAAACUGCGAAGAGCUAUUAAUGCAGAAGUCGCUAAGGCACCAAUGUGUAUGAAUAUUAGAACUGCAAUCUUCACAAUGUGGCUCCACUUUAUUGGUCUCCUAGAAAGCGAAGAUUUAAACAAAGUGGUGGAUGUAAUUUUGCCUCCUAUAGUUCGGGAAGUCUCCACGGGAGAUGCGGCAACACCGGCGUCGGUCGCUAAGCAACUGGCGGGGAGAUUGGGGAAAAAGUUGAGACGAAAAAUUGGCGAGAUUGAAUAUGGAAAAUUAGCUGCUGAUGUGCAAACAAAAUUGAACAUAAAGCGAGCUGCGAGGAAAAAGAUCCUAUUACAAGAGAAAGUAUUGAACCCAGAAAAGGCAGCAAAGAGAAAACUUCAGUUGCGUGAAAAGAAAAAGCAAGCGAAACGGGUGAAAUUAGAUUCCUUACACGGAAAACGGUCUAAAGGAAGGAAACGUAAGGCAGAAGACAUAGAUAUUGAAGAUAAAUUACUUAUGGAGGAAUAA